UGCACCAAAACGGUUGUCAUCGUCAGGUGAUGUUUAGGUUGAAUUCCGCCCGCUGAUUGUCUUAGACGAUGGUAGCCUUCCAGGUGGCACUCGUCCGUACGAGGGGCUGAACAUGAAGGCUACCAGCAGUCACAACUGUCUGAGACUCUGCGUACUGUCGUGUUUGUUUGUGCUGCACAUAUCUACGCGCGUGGCCGGAAACAUGUCUUCUCCGUCACAUUUUGGCGUCACCAGCAGAGAAGUUCGUCGAAAUCGAUACCCAAAACAGAGGAACUCUUAUUUUAAACCUCUCCUUGAAAGCCAAACUGAAGAUGAAGGUAUGCGUCUGAUGUUAAGUCUAUACAGGAUAGCGGCGGAUGCAGAUGGACGACCAAAGCAGCUCAGGUUAUUUGGAUCCAACACUGUAAGGCUGCUCAAAGCGUCCACCACUGAAAAGCACUUUCUCCCAACCUCAAAUGACCUUCAGUAUAACUACACAGUGAAAUAUGAACUGAAAAACCUCUUGUUGAACAAACUGGUGAAGGCGUCUUUUAUGCACCUGAGGUCUCCUGUGUCAUCCCGUCAUCCUUUUAUUUGUGAGGCAAGGGUCACGUCUCUACAAGAUCUUCCUGAAGGUGACCAUGUCACUAUGGGUCCUCGAAGCCUGUGGACCGAAUCGGAUGUUACAAACCAUGUGUCUGAGUCAAAAGAUGGCCAGGUAUCCCUCUUAGCCCAUUAUCGAUGCAUUAAACCAAAGCAUGCCAGGUCCAUUACACAUCGAAAAUGCUUCCCACCUCAACACCAUCUUCGAGCUCCUGUUUUGCUGCUCUUCUUAGAGGAGAACAAGCAACCUGUGGAAUGGGGGAAGUACUUCACGCCCCUUUCCCGCCCCAGGACCCGCCGAUCUCAGGAGUCUAGGAGCAUCGUCUCUGACAUCCCCAACUACAAGGACGGGUCGAACAGCGUGGCCAAAAACCAGUGCAAGCUGCACUCCUACCACGUGACCUUUAAAGAUUUAGGAUGGGACCAUUGGAUCAUUGCACCCCACAAGUACAACCCUCGUUACUGUAUGGGCGACUGCCCUCGUAUCCUGCAUUACGGCUACAAUUCGCCCAACCACGCAAUCAUGCAGACUUUGAUCAGCGAGCUUGGUGUGUCAGAUAUCCCGAUGCCCUCUUGCGUUCCUUAUAAAUACAAACCUAUCAGCGUGCUGAUGAUGGAGAGGGAUGGAAACAUAGUUUAUAAAGAAUAUGAAGAUAUGAUUGCAGACUCCUGCACCUGCAGAUGACUUUGGGCUUGGGGUCAGAUCAGGAGAAUAAUUGAAUGGUGCUAAAGGACAAUGUGAAUUUGAACCAGCACAAUUGAAGAACUCAGCCGAAAGGAAUGGUUAUAUUGGGUUUGAUUUGCCUGUUGCCAUUGCUUGCGCAUUACUAAGAACAUUCACACAGCGAGGUUUGUGUUAGACUUGAAUUGUGGAGAGUGAUCAAUUCAGUCUCACCUCUCACAGUACAGACUUUUUAGGGAUCUAGGUAUGAAUAACUGGAUUGGUGAAUGAGUGACUAUCAUGUAAUAUUUCUUUUCUGCUUACUCUUGUCUAUGUUCUUUAUUUCUGUCUGGUAUGUAUUAAUGUGACAUCUUUUGUAAUGUAUUUAUGGAGGGGGAAUGAAAUAGGAGAAUUUUGGCACUUUAUUGAAAAAAGGAAAAUGGAGGAGAAAAAAAGAAGCACGAAAGAGCCCUGUCGGUUGACUUAGGCCAUAGAGUUGUUGCUGUUUCUCUUGUCUGCUGCAUUUGUGUCCUCUUUCUGAAAGCACAGAUUUUGCCCAUCUUUGAUAAAGAAAGCCUUCGAAAGCAAGUGGAGAAAAUAAGCAGAGGCUAAUUUUGCACAACCUCAGUGAGGACAUGCAGUAAGUGUAUAAAUGAGACUUUCAUAGAUGUAUUUCUUAGAGGAGAAAUGUCCAUGCACCUAAAUGAAUGUUUUAAUGUUAUAUUGAAAGAUGUUAAAAUAAAGAAGUUAUUUUGUAAAAAAAAAAAAGAAAAAAAA